AUGAAAGAUCUGGUUCCAUUACGGUAUUUUCUUGGUAUUGAAGUUGUUUCUUCUCCAAAGGGUUAUUUUCUGUCUCAGGCUAAGUAUGCUAAUGAAGUCAUUCACCGUGCUAGUCUUACCGAUACUAAGAUUUCUGAUACACUUAUUGAGCUUAAUGUGAAGCUUAAUUCUACUGAUGGUGUCCCUCUGGAUGAUCCUACUUCAUAUCGCGAGCUUUUCGUUUUUGCUCCUCGCUCUACCCAUUGGGCUACUUUGGUUCGCAUUCUUCGCUAUCUCAGGGGUACCAUAUUUCAAGGCUUACUAUUGUCCUCUACUUCCUCUUUGGACCUGGUGGCUUAUGCUGACUCUGAUUGGGCUGGUGAUGUUACUGAUCGCAAGUCUAUAUCUGGUUUCUAUAUGUUUCUUGGUGAUUCCUUGAUCUCUUGA